AUGCAAUGGAUUGCAAAGAAAGUUCUGGAGAGCUUCACUCACUACAAGAAGCACAAGCAAAAAAUCCCACUGAGCACAGCUCCAUCAAACCGCCGCAACAUCACAGCCUCGCGAAAGCAUACGAAGAAGUUCGUCAGCCAAAAGCGCGGAUUCGAAAGCCGCACAGACACUGCCGACUUUAGAAUUCCAAAUCUCCACAGGACCCAGGCCGUGGCUGUCUGGGACCUCAGGAAUCACAAAGAUGCCUACACCGGUUUCCUCCAUUAUGAAAUGGACUCGAGUCAGAUGGAUUUGGAUCACGUCCUCGAGUUGCACGUAGUUCGAGAUGCCUUCGAUCGCGUUCGACCGACUGGGUUGCACAACAAGACAUCAUUGAAGAGCCACUUAUCCACCCUCCUCAAUCAGCCUACCAAUCUGAACUUCACCACUUCUGAAAUCAACCAAAUCAAGUUUCGCGGAGUAUACCGUUUUCAGAGAGAGUACUGCUCCCCAGGUCCCGUAAAAACGGAAGUGGAGGCAGGGCUGGUUCACUAUUUGAAAGCAGCCAACUAUCGAUCCCAACGAUUGAGCCGCAAGACGACGGCUCGCAUUCAGGACGAGAUUGUCCGCUCGUACGAUGCUGUGAGCGAUGGACUAUAUGAGGAGGACCCUCUGCAGCGAAACGUCUUGGAUUUGUUGCAUCACAACUUGACCGCAAUGAGGCUGUUCUAG